GUCUGGCGCACGACGAGCUUCAAGCAAUAUGGCGAAGUGUGUCAUGGGCUCGGUGAGACGUAGUGCCGUUUGAAAGAAUGAAAAGUUCGCGGUAUGGGUUGAGAAUAAUGUAGCGCUAUGAAGAUCGUGUGAAUAUCGUAUUUGUGUACAACAAAAGCAUCGAGUAGUUCCUUGUGAUCGGGAUAUACAGUGCGCGUUACCGGUGUGAAAUCAUGGCUACGGAUAAAAUAAAGGUUGCCGUUCGGGUUCGGCCGUUCAAUCGCAGAGAGCUGGAACUCGGUACACAAUGCGUCGUCGAGAUGUCCGGACAGCAAACCAUCUUGCAGCAUCCCACCACGAUGGACAAGAUCGAACGGAGCAAGCCGAAAACCUUCGCGUUCGAUCAUUGUUUCUAUUCCCUGGACCCGGCCGUGGAAAACUUCGCGAAUCAAGAUGUGGUGUUCGACGCCCUGGGUCGCGACAUUUUGGACAAUGCGUUCCAAGGUUACAACGCCUGCAUUUUCGCCUACGGUCAAACCGGGUCCGGGAAAUCGUACACGAUGAUGGGAAGCGGCGAGAACAAAGGUAUCAUACCACGGCUGUGCGACAACCUCUUCGACAUGAUCGCGAAGCAACAGAGCUCGGAGCUUACUUACAAAGUCGAGGUCUCCUAUAUGGAGAUCUACAACGAGAAGGUGCACGAUCUGCUCGAUCCAAAGCCGAACAAACAGUCGCUGAAAGUCAGGGAACACAAUGUCCUGGGCCCGUACGUGGAUGGACUUAGUCAGCUCGCCGUCACAUCCUUUCAGGACAUCGACAACCUGAUGGCGGAGGGGAACAAGUCGAGGACGGUAGCUGCGACGAACAUGAAUUCCGAGAGUUCACGGUCGCACGCUGUAUUCUCCGUCAUCCUGACGCAGACGUUGACGGACUCGAAGAGCGGCGUCAGCGGUGAAAAGGUCUCGCGGAUGAGCCUGGUGGACUUGGCAGGGAGCGAAAGGGCUGUGAAAACUGGAGCAGUGGGCGAUAGGCUUAAAGAAGGAAGCAACAUAAACAAAUCCCUAACGACGUUGGGUCUAGUCAUUUCGAAGCUGGCGGAUCAAAAUUCCGGAAAUAAUAAGAAUAAGGACAAGUUCGUGCCGUACAGGGACUCCGUUCUGACGUGGCUGUUGAAGGAUAACCUUGGCGGGAACAGUAAGACCGUAAUGGUAGCCACUAUAUCUCCUGCCGCGGAUAAUUACGAGGAAACGCUUUCAACCCUGCGAUACGCGGACAGAGCCAAGAGAAUCGUUAAUCACGCGGUGGUCAACGAGGAUCCAAAUGCAAGAAUCAUUCGGGAAUUAAGGCAGGAAGUGGAGGCGUUGAAAGAGAUGCUAUUACAUGCAACUGGACAAGGGUCGAUAGUGGGCCAGCAACGCACAGACAUAACGGAGAAGCUGUCGGAAUCGGAACGAUUAAUGAAGGAAAUGUCGCAAACGUGGGAGGAAAAACUGGUGAAAACCGAGAGGCUGCAACACGAAAGGCAACAGGCCUUAGAAAAAAUGGGAAUCAGUGUUCAAGCCUCUGGUAUCCAAGUGGAAAAGAACAAGUAUUAUCUCGUAAAUCUAAACGACGACCCUAGCUUGAACGAGCUGCUAGUUUAUUAUCUGAAGGAAAGGACUCUGGUUGGAGGACGUUCGGCAAAGACAGAGCAAGACAUUCAGCUGCACGGUCUUGGUAUUCUGCCUGAACACUGUGUCAUCACGAUAGAGGAAACUGGCCUCUAUAUGACGCCAUUAAACGGUGCUAGGUGUUUCGUGAACGGCACUCAGGUAGUAGAGAAAACGCCGUUGUUACACGGUGACAGGAUCGUCUGGGGAAAUCAUCAUUUCUUCCGGGUGAAUUGUCCCAGAAGUGCAACAGCGAUCAACAGUGAACCUCAGACGCCGGCACAGAAUAUUGAUUACACUUUUGCACGAGAAGAACUGAUGCUUAACGAGUUGUCGAACGACCCUAUUCAAAGAGCUAUCGCUAGACUCGAGAAGCAGCACGAAGAAGAUAAACAGGUCGCGUUAGAGAAACAGAGGCAAGAGUACGAGCGGCAGUUUCAGCAACUUCGCAACAUUUUGUCUCCAUCGACACCCUAUUCCCCUUACGUACCAUACGAUCCCCUGCGGGGCAGUCAAAGUAGUAAACUUCCUGCUUGCACGCCAACUACGCAAAUGCGAGUAGAGAAAUGGGCCCAGGAAAGAGACGAGAUGUUCAAAAGGAGUUUAGGUCAAUUGAAAGCGGACAUCUUAAAGGCGAACGCAUUGGUGCAGGAGGCAAACUUCUUGGCGGAAGAGAUGGGGAAGCAAACGAAGUUUAGCGUCACUUUACAGAUUCCGCCAAACAAUUUAAGUCCAAAUAGAAAGAGUGUAUUUUUUCAGCGGGGCGCCUUCGUCAGCGAGCCUGCGAUUCUAGUGAAAAGGACAAACAUGGGCAGCCAGGUGUGGUCCAUGGAAAAAUUAGAAAACAAAUUAGUCGAUAUGCGGGACAUGUACGAGGACAGAAAGGAUCCCAACAAUUGUCAACGAUUACCUGCCAUUAAGGAUGAAGUGCCCGGGAAGACCCAAGACCCAUUCUACGAGUCCCAGGAGAAUCACAAUCUCAUUGGAGUAGCGAAUAUUUUCUUAGAGGUUCUGUUUCACGACGUUCGAUUAGAUUAUCACACGCCAAUUAUCAGCCAACAAGGAGAAGUCGCUGGACGACUGCAGGUCGAGAUUAGUCGCAUAUCUGGUCACUUUCCUCAGGACCGUAUCUGCGAGGCAGCGUCAGAAUCGUCGAAUGACUCGACCUCGUCAGAACCUGAGGAUUAUUCCGGAUCGAGCUUCAUCACUUGUCGCGUGACCAUCAAACAAGCAACUGGUUUGCCUCUGUCACUGAGCCAUUUUGUAUUUUGUCAAUAUAUGUUUUGCGGACAUCCAGACCCCAUAGUGGUCCCAGCCAUCGACAAUUCCGAACAAUUAACUUCGAAUUGCCAGAUAGGGCAGAGAGACUCUCUGGUGUUCAAGUUUAAUCACACGAAAGAUUUUACCGUGCCCAUAACGGAGGAGUUUAUCGAACACUGUAGCGAAGGGGCCUUAAGCAUAGAAGUUUGGGGACACCGAAGUGCCGGAUUUUCGCGAAGUAAACCAGGUUGGGAAGUCGAGCAGCAACUUGCAAAAGCUAGAUCUCUGGCUGAUCGAUGGUCAGAGCUAACGCGGAAGAUCGAAUUGUGGGUCGAAAUCCAGGAACUAAAUGAGCAAGGGGAAUAUUCACCGGUGGAUGUGGUUGUGAAACAAGAUACAUGGACAGGAGGUAUUUAUCAGUUACGUCAAGGACAGCAACGACGAAUACAAGUUCGUGUGAAACCAGUACAAAAUUCAGGAACAUUGCCCAUAAUUUGUCAAUCGAUAUUAAAUAUAGCAGUUGGUAGCGUGUCUGUAAGGAAUCGUCUUCAGAUUCCAUUGGAUAGUUAUCAGGACGAAGACUUAAGUAUACUAAGGGAAAAGUGGAGCGAAGCUUUAAUGAGAAGGAGACAAUACUUGGAUCAACAGAUACAGAAACUCAUUAACAAACAAGAUAAAACUGAACAAGAUAUUGAACGAGAACAAAGCCUUGUGGAUCAGUGGGUCAGUCUCACAGAAGAAAGAAACGCAGUGUUAGUCCCUGCAGCAGGGUCAGGUAUUCCUGGUGCUCCUGCUGACUGGAACCCCCCUCCAGGAAUGGAACCGCACAUACCUGUUCUCUUCCUUGAUCUCAAUGCCGAUGAUCUUUCAACACAUCAGUCGGGAGAAGAAGUCUCCGUAACCGGGUUAAAUUCCAUCUUACCAAAGGAACAUGGCAAUAAAUUCUACAAUUUACCCAUAAUUCGUCGCAUAGAGAAAGAUGUGUGCGCUAUCGCUGCUUGGGAUUCCAGUAUACACGACAAUAUACAUCUGAACAAAGUCACAGAUGCAAACGAGCGGGUUUUUUUAAUUUUGAAAACAACGGUGCGCCUCUCACACCCAGCGCCGAUGGACCUUGUGCUGCGUAAACGAUUAGCCUUGAACAUCUACAAACGACAAAGUAUCACAGACAGAAUCUUCAAGAGAAUCGUUCGUACCGACUGCUUAACUCAAACUGGAGUCACUUACGAAGUCGUGUCUAAUAUACCAAAGGCUAGCGAAGAAUUGGAAGAUCGCGAGAGUUUGGCACAAAUAGCUGCCAGUGGCGAAGACAAUAGCUUAUGUGAUGGCGAGACUUACAUCGAAAAAUACACACGCGGUGUUUCUGCGGUGGAAAGUAUCUUAACUUUAGACCGAUUACGACAAAGCGUCGCGGUAAAAGAAUUACUGCAAGCACAAGGUCAACCACUUAUGCGCAAGACAGCAAGCGUACCCAACUUCUCGCAGGUACUACUGCCUCUCCGCCGUCUCGGACGCACUAUCAUGAGAUCCGACACCUCGAUGGACUCUUUGAACGUCACGCGUUCUGAAAGCGUGACUGAUCUCAACACAGAGUUGAACGGGCUGCUUCAUUCGCGACGUGCAUCUACGGGUCACACCAGAAACGAUGAGAACUUCGUUUCUGCGCCAGCUAAACCAUUCGGAAUCGGCUCCAUUCUGAACUCAGCGAGACCAACCUUCCUGAAUUUGAACCUGAAUCUCAACUCAUUGACACGUCUGCAACAAUCCACCUCUGCCAAGUCAUCUCCGAAUAUGGUCGGUGGCAAAUUGGGUCUACGAAUGACCACUCUGCACGAGGAAACAUCGAACACUGGCAACCAGUUGUCGACGCCCGUACACGACGAGGACGAAGAGAAGAGCGACGCUGAUUACUCGGAAUAUGACUCGUACCAGGCACCGGCGAAACCAGUAAAACCGCUAACUUCUUCACGCACACUGGAUUCUCUUGUCGAACUUCAAUCGACGAAGAUCAACACGCCAAGCAUGAGCAGCAGCGGCUACGGUUCACAAGCGGUGUCUACGACCAAUCUCACGUCCGAGGACUCCAUCUCCGUUAAAUCUAUCAGCGUGGACGAGACACCAGACCUGGAAUACAGAAAUCUGUUGGAUUAUAAGAAACCAGAGAGAAUGGACAGCUCACUGGUGGAGGAAACGCCGGAGGAAUAUAUGGGUGAAGUGACUAACGCGUUGGGCAACUUGAACGUGAUGGAGAACACUUGCGGCGAGGAGCAUACUAGAAAGAACUUAGACGAGACAGGUGCCUACAUGGACGCAGACAUCGACAGUCCGGUUUCUUCGACGAAAAGCGAUAGCGAUGCAAAUACCAAUGUGUCGCGUACAAGUUCUACUCAUUGCCAGAAGAAGGAUAUACCAAGCCAGGGUUUGAGCAACAGAAGGAAAAGCGACAUGGAGAUUAGUCAGGCAUCGAAUUCUGGAGAAGACAGCCCUCUGGAAGGUAGCUCGGUUGUACACACGAAGCUACCACCAGGAAAGGUCGUACGUCGAAGGAAAGCUUCUACUAGCACAGGAAGGCCUACGAGUUCUCAGCACAGGGCUUCAUUCCCCAUGGUCCGUCCACAAGUUUCAGAGAGCAAAGCAGCAGCAAGACUCGAACAAUCAAUGCAACCUAACAUUCCCUAUGAAAACGGUGACAACAGCUCCUCUGAACGAAUCGAUGACGACGUGAGCGACAAGAGUUCAGCUUUUGGAUCGAGACACGACUUAAGUAGAGUCGAAACUCCGCUCCCGGAUUGGGUUAUAGUUGGUGAAUCGGUGCUGGUUCGCCCAUACAGCUAUUCUGGUGUCAUAGCGUACGUUGGCCCAACAGAGUUUGCAUCCGGAACGUGGAUAGGAGUUGAACUCGAUGCCCCGACAGGUAAAAACGAUGGUGCUGUGAAUGGCCAUAGGUACUUCACGUGUCGACCGAAAUGCGGUAUCUUCGUUAAAGUGGACAAACUAAUUCAGGACAAACGUGGCCGAGCACUUAGAAACUAUGUCUCUGCCCCUCAACCUGCACCGAUGCGUCGAAGCGUCAGCAGAGGUGAGGGUUUACAUUCCUUGCACCGAAGUCGAAGCCGAGGGGAGGGCCUUUCAACGACUGGCACGCGAUCUUCUCCACGGGGCAAGUAAACGGAUCACAACGCCGCUUCACCAGUAACUUCGUUCUACUAAUAAGCCACUAAAUAUCCUAAUUGCUACAUGCCUAUGAUAUGUGUAGCAGCAGUGUUUCAGUCCCUUAGACAUUAGGGCAGUUAUGGAUUAAUUAAUACUUAUAAAUAUUACUUGAAAUAUUAGGUCAUUGUAAUGUGUAUCACACAAAGCAUGGGACGUUCUGUCAAAGAAACUUUUUUUCUGGUGUUCUUUUUUUUUUCUCAGAACAGAACAUGCUGUUCUGAAAGCAUAGUAUCUAUAACUACUUCGCAUCUUCGGUAGCAUAGCGAGAGCGAGAGAGAGAGCGAGUAUAGCGCGAAAGGGAGAGAGAGAAAGAGUGAGAGAGAAUGAGUAUUAAACAAAAAGCGCAAGAAACAUCGAUACGAAGAAAAGUUUCGUCUUUGCGUAUCGAAAGUCAGCGAACGAUGUUCAAUCGAAUAUAUAUAGUAUAUAUAUAUAUAUAUAAUUUGUAAGCAUUCCACAAAAAACUUUUAAUUUUAACGACUGGGAUGAUGAGCCAUUUACUUUUUAUAUAAGAGGAAGCAUCAUUAAGUUCGCGUAUUAAUUGUACAUUUUUUAACACUAAUUGAAGAAAAAAGGGAAAAACAGAGUCAGUUAUUUUGAUCGUAAUCGUCUACCAUUGGUGGUAAAUCAAGGCUCGUUUUAAACAAUAAUAUUCCAUAAUUUCUAAGCACCGAUUGCAUUUAAAAGAAAAGAAAAAGAAACAGAAUAAAUAUCGAUACGAAUAUUAAAUAUAUUACAAUAUGUACAAUAAUCAUAUGAAUUAAAAUAAAAAAAAAAAAGAAAUAACAAUUUGGCAAUUUUAUGGAAAUUGCCAGUGAAUAUAUAUAUAAAUAGACAGAAUAUGAAAGACACUCUCCAAAAUUGCCGGGCCGGUAAUUUGAAAUAAUGGAGAUGUAGCCAACAGAGGAAUAAAUCACACGGGACGGCCAAAAAACUAAAAUAAAUAUGAAGAUGAUAAUUCUUUUCAUGAGACACGAAUUUACCGCGUUGCGUAGAUUAUUUAAAGAUUUUAUAUGUAUACAAUUGUUUCAUAUAUAUUGUAUUUUUUUAGCGCAAUCUGUUAAGUUCCUUUUUAUUGUAACAUACAAUUAUUGUCCUCUGUCCAGCAUUACGUUGUUAACGCGAACAUGACACGCAAUUAAUUUAUACGGCGCAAAAGUGUAUGGAAGAAACUGUGCGUGUUGCAUGACGAUAUAAAUUGAAGAUGAAAAAAGAAAUUCACAUUGGCUAUCGUCUCUGUCGUAAGUGAUUGUCAGUGUUGGUCAUCGAUCGAUUAAAAUCUUUUACAAAUUAAAAAAACAAAGAAACAAAUUAUACACUAGUUAUUCUUGCGUAACAGCAACUAAUUUGUUGAUAAAACAAGCGAAAUUUUACAAAUUACAAGUUAUCUGUUUCUGUAUAAAGGUAUAUCAUAAAAUCAUAGAAAAACAAGUCUACAUAACGUAAGAUCUUUAUCUUACUAGCAAUAUCGUACACUAAUAUUAUUAAUUGCUAAAAUAUCAUACAAGAAGAACCACAGAACACGGAUAAUAAAAAAGUCAACGUUUCUUACAAAUGUUCAUAACAAAAGACGAUUGAGAAUACAAUAUUACAUUAUAGUGUUCGAAGAUUAAAUAGCAAUUUUAAUCGUUAAUUGUGAUUACACUUAGUUGAAUGAAAUUUUCAUCGUUAAUGGCAAUUAAUUGUAAUCAUUAAUUAUCAAUUACAUAGUAAUUGUUGCUCAAUGCUGGCAUUGAUUCACAACAAUCGAUUCGCUGGCUAAUGUGAAUCGUCUCUGAGUGCAACACGAUCACAUAGGGUCGCAAUACUAGAUUCGUAAGUUUUAGAUAGUAGAGAUCGAAUUAAAGAAAAUGAAAAAAACACACGAGCUUGCUUGAUCGUAUCUUGAAUUAGCGUCACGUGGAACUGCGUUGAUUCGACGUUAUUUCUUUCUUUCUCUAUUCUUUGUCGUGGCGAAUUGUCCACGAUUCGUUGCACCUGACUCUUCUUGAUUCUUGGCUGAAUUUUCACCGCGAAACGACUCUAAUAUACAUAUAUGUAUAUAUAUUUGAUACAUUUCAAACGUGAUUUUUGCUCAGUACGACGAUGACGAUACUGAUUUCUCGUUCGACAAUGAAUUAAAUAAAAAAAGAGCAAAGAAGAAGAAGAAAAAGAAGAAGAAGGAGAUAAGUAAAGCACUGUGAGAAGAUAUAACGGCGAUAGAUGGUCAAAGGUGUCGCGUAUAAGAGAAAAAUCAAACGACGGUAUCGCAUAUUUUUUUUAAUUUAUCAAAUAGAUCGUGCGGAGUACAAGAAAGAUGCGAAAAUAGAAAGAAAGGAGAGGGGGGGAAAAAAGGUUAAACGUGUAACGAAGAAAUGAACGUCGAAUGAAAGAAGCUAAUUAAUCAUCAUAAAGAUUAAGAUAUAAUCGUGAAGAAACGAAAGAAAAAGAAGAAAAAAGAAAGAAAGAAAAUUCGCCCAAAUUGUGAACAUCAACUUAAAAAAAGAAAAAAAAAAGAAAAAAAAGAAAAAAAUAACCAUAACAAGAACAACAACUUCUGUCCAAUUAGAACAAUACUAAACGCUAUCAAUAAUGAACAUAUAUUACUGUAUGUAAUACUUAUUGAAUAUAAAUAAUAAACUCUCGCCUGCGACGCGACGUUUCCUUGGUCAUACGGCGAUUAAAAGACGAGAGACUUCCGGUUGUUGCUUUCGUGUGCACGCGUGUUAUCAUAAACGAAUAGAAUAAACGAAGUAAAGAUGGUAAAGAUAAAAAUACGAACGCGUAUUUUACACGAAAGGGAAACGCCGCGGGCGAAGGUAUCUCUGUCCAUUUUUUGGUAAUUCAAGAAUAUUAAUGAUGAAAGAAAAUUAAGACUCACAAAUGUCACAGUGAUGCUACAUGCCUACCUGGCAUAUAGGAUUAAUAAAGUCUGUUUUAAGUUUCAGACACCGCGUUACACGUUUUAUGUUCUUUUUUUCUUUUUUCUUAGAUUCUUUUUCCCCGCUAUCGUUACGAUGAGAAAUUAUAUAUACAUACAUAGAAUCGAAACAUAGUAAAAUUUAAUUUCUAAUCAUUGUAAAAUGUUCGAUCGUCUGCUUAUAAAUAUUUUCUAAUAAUUAACUAAUUUUAUUGUAAUAGCUAAAAAUUGUACAUAUAUGAUUACUUUCGUUUUCUGUGUUUUUUUUCCUUUUUAUUAAUCUUGUCUAUUUAUUUCCAAUUAUAUCUCGCAGUGGAGCAUCUAGCAUCGACGGAGCUUACACAGCCUAUUCCAUCCCACGAUAAGACAAUGUCCAUUUUUAUCGUUAUUAAUUAUCUAAUAUGAUAAUCGUUCAACAACUAUACUUUGUACCCUAACGGAUCCUAGAAUAAUAUUUUCGACCAAUCGGUUUUACGAAUGUCUCUGGAAGACUUCCGAGUUUAACAUUAUCCCUUUCAUCUGAGAGCAAAGCUGCUGCAGCCACAGACAAACACACACAACACACGGUCUAAGUUCCAAACGAAAAUCAAUGAGAAAGAGACGAAUAAAAUGAUGAAAAGAAAGAGACGAAGGAAGGAAGACGUAGACGCGAACAAGUAAAAUAAAUAAACAACGUUGAAACAAAGGGUCGCACGGGUCCAUUUUUUUCAGAGUAUUAAAGAAAAGAAAAAAAAAAGUAACAAGACGUAAAAUAAAACGCCCUGUAAUCUAAUCGAUUCUCCUAACUAUAAAAAGGCUGUGAGACUAAUCUUUUGCUGUUUUACGCUGCUCCCUCGUUUUUCUACCCUCGCACUGCUGCCGAUUGCAUACGCGCGACUUGUGCACGGUACCAUUUUACGCAUCCAUCAGGCUAGCCGUUUUGGCUGGACUUCUCAGAAAGCGCAACGUUCGCUCUGACAUAAGCUCCAAUUAAAGAAAACAAAUCUUCUUCGUUAUUUGUGGAAAGUUUCGCGAGAGAAUGGUGAACGUGUCAUGCCGGAGGAUUUUAAAAAUGUAAACCAUUUUUGGGAAGUGUGGGUCGAGGAGGUAUUUGAGUACUUUUAAUUAAUAAGUUAAAUCUGUACUCUAAAUUAUAUGUCUGUUUUGUACUUUAAAUUGUGGAAUAGACUCGAGAAUAUUUUUGUUUAUGAAGAAUAUAAUCAUGAAGACUAUGUUGAUCAAAAUUGAAGUUAAUUUGAAGUAUGUGACGAAAUUGGAAUUUUUAACUUGCUGUAAAAUCAUAGCUUGGAACUUACGUAUUUCUAUAUCUUUUACAUUCUCUUUUAUUUGUUUAUCGUCUGUGAUUGAUGAAUAUUAACGAGUAAUAAAUUAGAGAAAAAAUUAAUGUUUACAAAUUCUGAUAAUAAUCUGAAUAACUCAACUCUCGUGCUUUGGCUUGUUAAAUACUUUGAUUACAAGUACUCCAAUACACGAUUUAUGAUUGGCUUAGAGUAAAAUUAUUCGCGUUUCCAAAUUUCAGAGAACUGACAAACAUCUGUCUACUAAAUAGUCGAAAUGCUAAAGGAUAGCAGUAAAAAAGAAAUUGGAAACUUUUGACUUCUUUUCUCCCAAGAAAGUUAGCAAGAAUUUAACAGCACGUCUACCAGGAACUUAUUUAAAAUGUCUUUACGGUGUAUUAAAUAUUGUGUAGUAACGUACAAAGUAUUUAUCAAUUAUAUUGCUUUCAUUGGGAGAACAUAAAACAUGCCUCUUUUUCAUCGGGCAACAGUUUAUCAAUUAAAAUUCAUUUAAUUCUUAAUGGUCCAUGUGCUAAAUUAUCGAAAUCAAGGAUGAAAAAUAAAUAAAAUAAAUAAUUUGAUACAGCGAAGGAAUAUACGAAAUUUGUUUUCAUGGGUGAUAACCGCCAAAAUAGUGUUUCAGAGCCCUCGUUUUUAAAAUUGGAAAAGAGAUAUGCCGACAAAUUACAAUAAAAAAUUCCCACUCUAUCAUUCAUUAAUAUAAUUCAAGUAAAAAGUAUUUUAUAUUUAAUCGAUAAAAAUAUAAUAAAACAUUCGAACAUGAUCUCUAAACUAAUAUAAGGAAAUCAAUUAUACUGCUACAUAAUAUUUAAUUGCACUUAAUCGUCCAGAAACUUUCCUACAGAGUCCUAAUUGCUAUACCCGCGGAGCCUGCAUUUUCCAGUGUCGUCAAUUAAACGCGAAGUGCGAGCAUGUUAAUAUUGAAUUCGGAACUCUUCUAAAAACGCUUGACGGUGAGAGACUGUUCGAACGAUCAUCGCUAAAUACAUUAAACGAAACAAAAGAAAAAAAAAAUAAUAAGAACUCACAUAUGUACAUGUAUAAUGUAAGCGAGUCGAGAUUGGUGUUAUAUUUUAAUAUAAUGUGUAAAAAAAAAAAGAGCAAAUAACAAAAGACAAAGGAGGUAUGUGCGCAAACGAAAAAAAGAUGCCAUCAGACACACACACCGGUAUUUAGACGUUUAUCGACACAGUAUUGUAAGAAAAUUGUAGCUACGAUGUGCACCAGCUUCACGAUAACUCCAGACACCCUCCACCCCCAUUUUUCCUCACCAUCAUCCCUUUGAUUGUUGUUAUUGUAUUAGCGAUACCGAGACCGACACUCUGUACAUUGCAAAUCGAAUCAAUCUGUACGUCGAACAUGGUGCGACCAAAUAGAAUUGUCGACCGUACAAUUUUCGUUCAUUGUACCUUCUCGAAUCCUCGAUCUUCGGAACCACGUGUGUAUCCUGUUCUAAUUUACUCCAUAGAGAACAAUUGUACGGUAAAUUGUCUCCUAUCGAGUAAAUUAUUGUUUCAAUGAGACAUUUGAAUCGAUAACUUUAUACGAAUUUAAUACUAGUAUACUUGGAUAUAUCUGUUGAUCGCGUUGAUGUAUUUGAAUACCGGUACUUAACGCAAUGAACUAGGCACAUUGAUGAUAUAUGAUAUUACCACCUCUGAAAUAUUAAAUAAUUGAUAUUUAAAAUUACUCAAAUAUUUGGUAUUCAAUGUUUUGUGGUACUCGGAUAUUGGUAUUUAAUAAUCCAAACACUCGAAUACCGGUAAUAUCGGUAACUUUUGGUAUUUGGAUAUCAUUAUCCUGUAUUCUAGUGGUGUUGAAUACCGGUACUUGGUAUUUUAAAUACGUGAAUACCAGUAUUCGGUAUUGGGUGUUCAAGUACAAGUAUUUCGAAUAUCAGAAAUUUGAAGUAAUUUAAUAUUGGUACUGUGUAUUCUGAGGUAUACUAGAAUAUGAAGAUUCUUGAAUACUUAAAUAUCAGCAUACCGAGUCAUUCGAAUAUUAAAUACUAGUUAUAUCACUGAGAUGUAUAAUCAGAAAUUGUAAACAUUUCAAUUAUAAAAAACAAAUUUAAUUACACAAUUACAAAGUAACUUUUAAUUGAACAAAUCAUAGCAUAAUUAGUAUCGUCCCAUUCAAAUUGAUCGCUAGCGAUCGAAAUAUUCACAUGAAAAGAAAGGAACAUGGAAUACAUGUACGUUUAUUCCGAUUGAUCGAGGAUUCACCCUGUAAUAACGUAGAACUCCUCUUCGGACGAGUAGGACGAGAAAAGUUAAUAAGAAAAAAAAACGAUUGAUACUAGAUUGUAAGGAUUUUGGGAAUUCUUUGUAGAUCCGUAGAUCGCUGUAUCACUCGCUCCGGUACUAGAUAACCGGAAAUAGGAAAGCCUAUUUUUGCAUUGCGUGAUUAAAGGCAGAAAACGCGUUUAGAGUCAGUUCCCAUUCAACUGAUAUCUAUUCGGACGAUGUCUUAUGUAAGGCUAUGGGACGAUGCAAGGACGAUUCGCGGGAUGUUCUGCCAUUUUGCCAUUACCAUGUUCGCGUGAUCGAAUUAUCUGAAUGUUUUCACUUUAAUCGCAGUGAUCCGCUGUAUCAUUCUUCUUUCUACUCUUCCACGAUUCAUUUAACCUUAGAUUCAUGAGCCGAGAACAAAAUGGGAACGUUUCUGUCAAUAUUCUAUGUACAGUUGUAGAAAUUUGUCUCUGUGUAAUAUAAAUGGAUUGAUAAAAUACAUGGAUUGAAUCAAAAUAUGCAAGUGAAUAUAAAUAAUAGUCUGUGUGUGAAUAAACUUACCACUGUCUAUAGAAUUUCAUUGUACAUUCUUUGAAUUAAUCUUGCAUUCGAUAUUUUCGUAAAAAGCAAGCGUAACAUCGAUACGAAUGCAUGCUUGCUUAUAUAAGGUUAGUAGAUUGAUAUAAAGUUGGUCGAUAGGUUGUGUUUUAACAAAUUUGUUCAAUAAUUAAAAGUUUCCAUUUCACCAGUUUUAUACUUGGAGAUUAAAAGAUAUUUAAAUGAGAAGGAUGUACUACACAUUAUGAACAAAGAAAAAUCAAAAAUUAAAAGAAGCACAAAGAUGAAAAAUCAAAGGAAUAAGGUACCUUGAAUAUGUUUUAAAUGAUAUUCUAAUAAAAAUAUUAAUAUUAAUUCACACAAUACAGUUUCCUGGAAGUGUAGAAAAGAGUACUCAACCAAAUUCGAUCAAUAAAAUAACCAGCUCUAUAAUAAAUUCUUCAGAAAUUUAAAUAAUAAUUAUUACCUAAUAAUGGUAGAAAUCAAAUGCAAAAUAGCAAAGAACAUCAAGCAAUCGAACUUAGAUCGCCUUGAUAUUGUAACGAUACAUUGCUUCGACUACGUUCGCGAGAACACACUAAUAUACGAUCAGUAAUUAAAACUUAACACGAAUCAUUAAACUUACAAAAACUUUCCAAAUCAAUUUUCACGAAAAAAUAAAGAACUUCAAAAGAAAACGACGCGACGCGACGCGAUAGUCCAUUACGAUUAAGCGGGACAGUCGAUAAAGAUCGACUCGAAUAACGAUUAUCGAAGUACAGCAUCGAUCGAUCAAGCGUCAAAAUUCUAACCUCAAUCAGUCAUAAUAGAAGAAUUACCAAUGAAGAGGACCAGUUAUGGAAAAAUAUGCGAAUAAUGUGAUCGACUUUCAAGGAAUUGAUAUAAGUGUUUGCGAACGCGGUCGAAGUAAAGAUCGAAGCCGGGAGUGUAAAAUAAAAAGUAAGAUAAAUCAGAGGCGCUUAGGCGACUUUUAUUUCGUGUUACGCAUACAUAUAGUGAACAAUUAACACGUCGUUAUGACGAAAAGAUUCAAAUUCCAUUACUUAGAUUAUAGUUAGCGAUCGAAUUAGCAUCGUACCUUUUUCGCGCGCACUGGUGCUACAGUGGCCGUUGUACGGAGAACACUUUCAGAAAGCAUCGUGUGAUCAUUUCUCACACUUGCUCACCCGUGGACAUGAACACAACACAACAUGACUGAGCACGAUUAAAGGAGCCGAGAAAAAGGAAACAAGAUCGCGUUACAUCGACGAACGUGCUUGUAUGGAAGUUAAGUUUAGUCGUGGCUCGAUGCAAACUCGCGUUAUUGCCAUCAAUAUUGCAGUCUGUUUAGCAUUAAUCUGACUUAAACCUCACACAAGAUAUAUCGACUAAAUUCUCGCCUCAUUUUUUCAGCACCUAUCUUCACGUGUUAGCCUACACGCUUAACCAUAAAUGGACCCAUUUUUAUUACUAUAGCCUUUAUUACGAAGCGAAGGUUUCCUUUCGAUUUCGCGACAAUCUCGAGCAGCACCUCUUAACCUUUAUUACUUACACAGCAAUCACAUACGUAUUACACACGCACACACACAUCCGAUCGCAGGCGUACGCACUAGUGGCACGACGUGCUUAGCGGUGAAGACAGAUAAGUAAACAAAGCAAAAAAAUAUAUGAUACAUUAACGAAAAAAAAAAAAUAAAUAAAAGUAUAGGUAGGUGAUAUAUUCCAUGUAAUUUCUUCGAAAAAAAGGAAAAAGAGCUAAUCAUUCUUUGUUUGAUUUAGUAGCGGACUCGUAGCGGAAUCGCGCGGUAUCCCUCAUUUAUUGCCAGAGACAGAGUAUCGUAUAUUACUUUUUUCGAUCUCGUAGAGCCAUGUGAAGGCUGAAGCGAAUAAAUAAGUUUAAUGGAGUCACACCGGAACUGUGUCGUAAACCGAGAGAUGACUUAUUGUGUAAUAGUAUUAUUUUAUAAGCAGUCAAUAAUAUUAAUAAUUAUCGGAAGUAAGCUACAAAAUACCGUAUCACCCCAAGGAAAUAACAAAAUAAAAAAUUUCAUGUAUUCUUUUCGUAAACUCGUCUCGUCUCGAGAGUACCUAUACCUCUAUUGUUAAAUAUUAUACAUACUGCGAUACUUGCAUAGAAGCUAAUACGAGUAUGAACUUAAACAAUAAGGUGUGUACAUUUUAAUUUUUAUGAAUAUAAUAAAAGUAUAAUUUAAUGUUC